AUGAUACCUGGAUCCGCCGCAUCAAUGCUACCGUCUGCAGAAGCUGCGAAAUUGUACCAGACCAAUUACGUCCGCAACUCCCGCGUCAUCGGACUUUUGUGGGCCAUCUUCACCAUCCUGUUCGGCAUCGUCAACGUGACCAUCUUCUCCCAGCCCUACUGGAUCGGGGAUGGCGUGGACACGCCGCAGGCCGGCUACUUCGGCCUCUUUCACUUCUGCGUCGGGGACGGCAUCGCCAGAGAGCUGGCCUGCCAGGGAACCUUCACUGAGUUCGCCGCCAUCCCAUCCACCGCGUUCAAGGCCGCCUCCUUCUUCAUCGGAAUGUCCAUGAUGCUGGUUGUCUCCUGCAUCGGCUGCUUCAGUCUCUUCUUCCUCCUCAGCACCUCCACCGUGUACAAGAUCUGCGGCUGGAUGCAAGCACUAUCAGGUGUGUGUCUGGUGCUGGGUUGUAUGAUCUAUCCUGAUGGCUGGGACAGUGACGAGGUCCGCAAGAUGUGCGGAGAGCAGACAGACAAGUACAGCCUGGGGGCCUGCUCAGUGCGUUGGGCCUACAUCUUGGCUAUCAUGGGCAUCCUGGACGCUCUCAUCCUCUCCUUCCUGGCCUUUGUCCUGGGGAACCGGCAGGACGGACUCAUGACAGAAGAGCUGCUGGCUGAGAGCAAGGGUGAGAAUGUCCCAUCUAAUCUGAUAAAAUGUGAUAUUUUAUUGAUCUCUUUUGGGAAAUUCACUCUUCGCCUGUGA